AUGCCAGACAUUUAUAAUAAUACCUCUACAGAAGUAUUGAUAAAAAGUACUAUUCACAAUGAUAAAAAUCAAAUUAUUAAUACCUCAAAACGAACAGAUUUAUCAUCGCAAAAUUCACAAGAUUUUUUAAAUAGAAUUAUUGAAGAAUUAUGUGAUUUAUAUAGUAAAGAAGUUACGAAAGGAAAUCAUGCUAACUCAAUUCUUUACUCAAUAUGUCAACAUUUUACAAAUAAGCAGCAAAUUUUUAAAUUCGUUAAG